CCUCUUCCGGACAUGCUCGGAAAGAGUUGCCAAUCAACCUGAAAACAAAACAUUGUUAGUUGUGCAGUGCUCUUUUUCUGUUUCAUUGUUCUCUUCAAUCGGUUACACAUGGCUCCCCCAGAACUAGUUCAGGGCAGUAUGAAAUCCGGUGCGGCAGGGAUCACGAAACAGGCGAGUGUUCCUAGUUGUGCGUACGUGACGUUCCUGGCAGGGAACGGUGAUUACGUGAAAGGUGUGGUGGGUUUGGCAAAAGGGUUGAGGAAGGUGAAGAGUGCGUACCCAUUGGUGGUCGCUGUUCUACCUGAUGUACCAGAAGAGCACCGUAGGAUAUUGGAGUCUCAAGGAUGCAUUGUUCGUGAGAUCGAACCUCUUUAUCCACCUGAGAAUCACACACAGUUUGCCAUGGCCUACUACGUCAUCAACUACUCCAAACUACGUAUUUGGGAGUUUAUGGAAUACAAGAAGAUGAUUUACUUGGACGGAGACAUUCAAGUUUACGAAAACAUUGACGAGCUGUUUGAUGUUCCUGAUGGAAACUUGUACGCUGUGAUGGACUGCUUCUGUGAGAAGACAUGGAGCCACACACCGCAAUACAAGAUCGGUUACUGUCAACAGUGCCCUGAGAAAGUGAAGUGGCCAAUUGAGGAUUUGGGCCAACCACCUUCCCUUUACUUCAACGCUGGCAUGUUUGUGUUUGAACCUAGCAUUCAAACCUACCAUGACUUGCUCGCAACACUUCAAGUCACCACGCCUACCCCGUUUGCGGAGCAGGAUUUUCUUAAUAUGUAUUUCAGGAACAUUUAUAAGCCAAUUCCUUUGGACUACAACCUUGUCCUUGCUAUGCUCUGGCGUCACCCUCAAAAUGUGGACCUUCAAAAAGUUAAGGUUGUCCACUAUUGUGCUGCGGGAUCAAAGCCAUGGAGGUACACAGGAAAAGAAGAGAAUAUGCAGAGAGAGGACAUAAAGAAGCUGGUACAGAAGUGGUGGGAUAUAUAUAAUGACUCUUCGCUUGACUACAAGAAGCCAGAUGUGGACCCCUUUGUUGGGGCUUUAUCGGAGGCUGCUCAUCAACUUCACUAUAUAGCUGCACCCUCUGCAGCUUAAUUGAGCGCCUUCAGCUACAACAAAACAAAAGGGAAGUUCUUUUAGCAUUGGAAAUAGCAGAGCUUAAGCGAGCUCUAUAUUUUGUAAUUUUUUGUUCUUCAGUUUUGUCUAUUUUGCUUCCGUAAGUGUGACUUUUGUUGCCAUUGUAAUAUUUUUGGGCAAUGUUGUAUGAAAAAAAAGGAUGAAUCAAGUAAUUACUUUGUGAUUGAUGAA